GAGGAGGGUAGGCUUAGCCCCCAAGCCCCAACCUCAUUGGCUGAUAACUGUCUCAGACAGCAAGUUUCCAUACAGCUGAGGACAGGCUGUUCUAAGGGACCUUGGUGGAUUGAGGGAUCUUCUAUUGGGACACCUUUCUGGUUUAGAUCCAGUUGCCAUCUGUAUCCAGGGAGCCCUCCUCUUCCUCCUUCUGCUGACGCUCUACCACCACCGUUGCUGAUUGUUGCUAAGGUUGCCUCCAUGGUAACAUGCUCAUCCUGUUUACACCUCCAUCUGGCCACAUCAGUCUAAGCUAGGAACCUACCUGCCCUGGACAGCUACUUCCAUCACCACCCCCUUCCAGGGGGGGACACCAAUCAUCGUGACACAAAGUCCAUCUUCUACUCAGUUCCCCCAUCCUCUUCCUCCCCCCUCCCCUGUCAGGCUUCAGAAGAAAGGAUCUAGAUUUGGGGUUUCUAUUCUGAAGCUUCCUGAACAAGAUAUAGUCCGUCUGUUUUGUAACUGGGCCCCCAGAAAAAAGGAAGAAACAGAAAGAAGUGGGGACAAGAACACAGGUGACACUGGCCAGUUGAAAAGAAAACCUCACAUCUUCUGUGGUUGAGGGACUAGUAACUGCAGGCAAAAUGACGAGCUCCUCGGGACAAAGUGUGCCGGCUAACUCAGUAACUGAGAGCCGUGAUGGGGAAUUUGGUUGUACGUUGAUGGAACUAAGGAAGCUCAUGGAACUACGUUCAACGGAUGCCCUGAACCAUAUCAAUGUCCGCUAUGGAAAUGUCGCCAAUCUCUGCGCUAAACUGAAAACCUCUCCUGUGGAAGGUCUAUCAGGGAACCCUGCAGACCUGGAGAAACGUAGACAUGUGUUUGGAAAGAACUUAAUCCCUCCAAAAAAGCCUAAGACCUUCUUAGAAUUAGUGUGGGAAGCACUUCAAGAUGUCACACUCAUCAUCCUGGAGAUCGCAGCCAUCAUCUCGCUGGUCCUGUCCUUCUAUCGCCCCCCUGGUGGAGAUAAUGAAAUCUGUGGUCAAACCGUAGCUAGCGCAGAAGAUUCAGAGGAAGCAGAAACUGGCUGGAUCGAGGGGGCGGCCAUCCUGGCCUCGGUGAUUAUCGUGGUGUUAGUGACCGCCUUCAAUGACUGGAGCAAAGAGAAGCAAUUUCGGGGGCUGCAGAGCCGCAUCGAACAGGAGCAAAAGUUCUCCAUUAUCCGGAAUGGUCAGCUCAUCCAGCUGCCUGUGGCUGAGAUAGUGGUGGGAGAUAUCGCCCAGAUCAAAUACGGUGACCUGCUUCCGGCAGAUGGGGUCCUGAUCCAGGGGAAUGAUCUGAAGAUUGAUGAGAGCUCUCUGACAGGAGAAUCAGACCAUGUCAAGAAGACCCUGGAGAAAGACCCCAUGUUGCUCUCAGGGACCCAUGUGAUGGAAGGUUCUGGACGAAUAGUAGUAACUGCUGUCGGGAUCAACUCCCAGACAGGAAUCAUCUUCACCCUCUUAGGGGCCAGUGAUGAUGAUAACCAGGAGGAGGAGAAGAAGAAGAAAGGUAAAAAACAAGGAAUCUCUGAAAAUCGCAACAAAGCAAAGACCCAGGAUGGAGUAGCUUUGGAAAUCCAACCACUCAACAGCCAGGAGGGGACAGACAAUGAGGAGAAGGAGAAGAAGUUAACCAAGUUACCCAAGAAGGAGAAGUCAGUGCUGCAGGGCAAGCUCACGCGCCUGGCUGUGCAGAUCGGGAAAGCUGGCCUGCUCAUGUCUGCUGUCACAGUCCUCAUCCUGAUUGUGUACUUUGUGGUCGACAACUUCAUCAUCCAGGGCAGGCCAUGGCUACGUGAGUGCACACCCAUCUACAUUCAGUACUUUGUCAAGUUCUUCAUCAUCGGUGUCACUGUACUGGUGGUUGCUGUGCCAGAGGGGCUGCCCUUGGCUGUCACUAUCUCUUUGGCCUAUUCUGUGAAGAAAAUGAUGAAAGACAAUAACCUGGUGAGACACCUGGAUGCUUGUGAGACCAUGGGUAAUGCCACAGCCAUUUGCUCCGACAAGACGGGCACACUGACCAUGAAUCGCAUGACAGUGGUACAAGCUUAUGUUGGGGAGACCCACCACCAUCAGGUCCCAAGCCCUGAUGUCAUCGUGCCCGGGGUCCUGGAUCUUAUUGUCAAUAGCAUUUCCAUCAACAGUGCUUAUACCUCCAAGAUUCUGCCUCCUGAAAAGGAGGGAGGCCUCCCACGGCAGGUGGGCAACAAGACGGAGUGUGCCCUGCUGGGCUUUGUCAAGGAUCUGAAGCAGGAUUACCAGGCCAUACGCAACGAGGUGCCCGAGGAGUCGCUGUACAAGGUUUACACCUUCAACUCCGUGCGCAAGUCCAUGAGCACUGUCAUCAAGAAGCCCGAUGGGGGCUUCCGCAUGUUCAGCAAGGGCGCCUCUGAGAUCAUGCUGCGCAAGUGUAAUCAAAUCUUUAACAAGGAAGGAGAAGUGGUGCCAUUCAGGAGCAAGGACCGAGAUAACAUGGUCCACACUGUCAUCGAGCCCAUGGCCAGCGAGGGACUCCGAACCAUCUGCAUAGCUUACCGGGACUUCGAUGAUGCAGAGCCCUUGUGGGAAAAUGAGAAUGAAAUCCUCACGGAGCUGACCUGCAUCACCGUAGUGGGCAUUGAGGACCCUGUGCGCCCAGAGGUACCAGAAGCUAUUGCCAAAUGCAAACGAGCUGGCAUUACUGUCAGAAUGGUGACAGGUGACAAUGUCAACACUGCUCGGGCCAUUGCCACUAAAUGUGGCAUUCUGACACCUGGAGACGACUUCUUGUGCUUAGAAGGGAAAGAAUUCAACAGACUCAUCCGCAAUGAGAAGGGAGAGGUGGAGCAAGAAAAGCUGGACAAGAUCUGGCCUAAGCUGCGGGUGCUGGCACGGUCUUCUCCCACAGAUAAGCACACAUUGGUGAAAGGCAUCAUUGACAGCACUGUUGGGGAUCAGCGGCAGGUGGUGGCUGUCACUGGCGAUGGCACGAAUGAUGGGCCCGCCCUAAAGAAAGCAGACGUUGGUUUUGCCAUGGGUAUCGCAGGCACAGAUGUGGCCAAGGAGGCCUCUGACAUCAUCCUGACUGAUGACAACUUCACCAGCAUUGUGAAGGCUGUGAUGUGGGGACGGAACGUCUACGACAGCAUCUCCAAGUUCCUGCAGUUCCAGCUCACCGUCAACGUGGUGGCCGUCAUUGUGGCCUUCACUGGAGCCUGUAUCACUCAGGACUCUCCACUGAAAGCUGUGCAGAUGUUGUGGGUUAAUCUAAUUAUGGAUACAUUUGCUUCACUGGCCCUGGCCACAGAGCCCCCUACAGAGUCCUUACUGAGGCGUCGCCCCUAUGGCCGAAAUAAACCUCUGAUCUCUCGCACUAUGAUGAAGAACAUCCUGGGGCAUGCCGUCUACCAGCUUACUGCCGUCUUUGUUCUUGUCUUUGCUGGCGAGAAGCUGUUUGACGUGGACAGUGGGAGAAAGGCACCUCUCCACUCGCCCCCCAGCCAACACUAUACCAUCGUCUUCAACACCUUCGUGCUGAUGCAGCUCUUCAAUGAAAUCAAUUCCCGGAAGAUCCACGGGGAAAAGAACGUCUUUGCAGGCAUCCACCGAAAUGCCAUCUUCUGCUCUGUAGUCUUAGGCACGUUCAUCGCCCAGGUUUUCAUCGUGGAAUUUGGGGGUAAGCCCUUCAGCUGUACAAAGCUCAACCUGAUGCAGUGGUUGUGGUGUCUGUUCAUCGGGAUUGGAGAGCUUCUGUGGGGGCAGGUCAUCUCUGCCAUACCUACCAAGUCUCUGAAGUUCCUGAAGGAGGCCGGCCAUGGUAUUUCCAAUGAUGAGAUCUCCAAGGAUACAGAGGGCCUCGAAGAGAUUGAUCUCGCAGAGAUGGAGCUACGCCGUGGCCAGGUCCUCUGGUUCCGGGGCUUGAGCCGUAUCCAGACUCAGAUCGAAGUAAUUAACACAUUCCAGACGGGAGCCACUUUUAAGGGCGUCAUAAAGCGACAGACCAUGGGUCCUAGCUCGUCCUAUAUCAGAGUGGUCAAAGUAUUCCAUAAUUCCGUCCACGAACUCAUUAAGAAACCUAAGAGCCAAGUGUCCAUCCACAACUUCAUGAGCACCCCUGAAUUCUCCAUAGAUGAGGAGGCACCACAAACACCAUUCCUGGAGAACCAACAGGAAGAAGAUGCUGAAAAGGGUUCGAAGAGUGGGACCAGGGUGCUCCUGCUGGACGGCGAGGCCUCUCCAAAUGCUAACAAAAACAACAAUGCCACCGUGGCCUCCCCUUUGGGCAGCCCUCUCCCAAGCCUGGAGACAUCCGUCUGAGCUUUUCACCCUCCGACUCCCAUCCCUGCUUGUUCUCUAAGUUCCUUUGCAUCCAUCCCAUCGAUGAUGGUGGUGAUGGGACUUGUCAUGUCAGCUGCUCCCGAGUGUGAGAAAAAUCCCUCACCUGACCACAAAGAACAAGCGCACACACCCAUAAGGAUUUCAACUGCAAUUUGAGUUGGGGUUUGUAGCAGGACCCAGUCAAACCCCCGGCAGGUAAUGGUAGAAGCCACCUCCUUUGGUGAAUUGUCAUUUUUAAAGAAGUAACAGCAGUCCUCCUGGCACCUCCCCAACCUAAAUAUCCAUGGUGUUUCUACCUACAUCACCAGCUCCUGACAUCUGGAAGUGAUCCUAAAAGUCUCUGUUAUUUACAAGCUAAAUUGAGAGUGACAGAUAUCCACAAGUGAAAUGUGUCUGGGCAGAGAUGGAAUGUAUAAAAUCAGCCAGUAGAGUGAUUGUAGUUAAGGUAUUUUGUUUCCAUGUUGAAAACUUACACCUGAAGGUCUCUAGUUAUUUCUACCCUUUCUAACUCAGCCUCUCACUUUUUUCCAAGGUUCUGUUGGUCUGGUGUGACCCUUCCCUCCACUCACUCUGUUCUUUCUUUGUUGCUUUCUUUCUUGUUCUUCUUUUUAAGUUGUGAAAAUUAAGAGAAUGAAUGGGACGUGGAUGGAUGUGAGUCAACGUUCAUCCCCCCUGGCUCUUAUGAUCCCUUGGAUUAGCUCUAGAGGUCGACCGGUCUCUCUGUUCAAAGGCAAAGUUCCCAGUAGGGCCGCAGGAGUUCCCUCUUGUUACCAGGUUGGCUUCUAAUUCUAAACCGUCAUUACAUGAGCUGCUGGAGAGAUCAGCCUUGACUGUGGGGCUUGCGAGUGUGUGAUCAGUAGUUUUUAUUACCGUCGGUCUGAGUUGGAAGGAGAGCUGCCUCCUCACUGCUCUUGGGGACUUGGGGCCAGACGCUGGCAGGCCGUCCAGGCAGGGCUCCCAUAGAGCCCACCAUUUCUUUCAAAGCCAUCUGCCACAGUUCUUCACAGAACCUGAUUCUUGGGGGAGCAAGUAAUUGAGAAACCUUGGGUAGAGCAAGAGAGCUAUUCUGACAGGAUCUGAGCAGACCUCCCUGCAGACCCCAGAAACCCUGAGCCUGGGUGCCUGUGUACCAGCUCCCACCUUCCCCCCACUUUUCCUCAUUCUCCUCUUCACUGUGUCCAUUGACAUCUUCAUGAGAACACUUCCAACCUCCCAAAGAUCCUCUGGUUUUGGAAAUACAUACCCAAAGGGAGAGGCUCUGGUGACAUUGUGCUGACCUCAGGCAAACCGACCCCCUCUCCUCCCUGAGCUCACAUGCCUCAGUCUGGCCGCUGCCCAGGAAAACCCUGUGCCUUCUUGCCCUGAACACGGCCCAGCGCAUCCCCUGCCCACCUGCCUCGCAGGAGUUGACUUUGCCAGGAGGCUUUUUAAGUGUUCCUUACUCUGGGACAAGGUGGAACCCCGUUCACCUUCACAGGAGUACCAGUUUGGGUUUGAUUUUUUUUUUUCAAUCCCACUGAUGCUAUUCGAAUGAAGCUGUCCUGUCCCCAAGUCCCAUCUCCCAUGAGAUCAGUGAGGCACAUCCCUUCCCCCCCCCACCCCAACCCCCACUGUCCUGAGCAGUGGCAGUGAGAAGAGGGCACUGGAGCCUCCCAACUACCACUUUUCUAUUUGGGAGGGGAAGGUGACCUGGAGCCUGUCUACUCCAACCCUUUUUACUGCCCCUUCCUUCUUGCUUCCUCUCACCUGAGUCGUUCAAGGAGGGAGGAGUCAAGAAAUGUACCCAUCACUCCGACAUCCAUCGGUGAGAAACAGGAAACCCGAUGUGAUUUCAUUUUUGUCAGGGUCACCUGCUCCAACAGUGUCUCUGUCUUAAACACUCAUGGUGGGGGAGAGGGGAGAGCAGCUCACCCAGGCAUCCAGUGUUCCCAUGUGUAUUAAGUACAUUGGAGGAUUUAGUUCUGUCAAGUCUUUUAUUACCUCAGAUCAUUUAAAGAAAAACAAAAGCAAGCCAAUAGCAAGCUUCCAAGGCUGUUCUACCAUUUCUGCUCCCAAAAUACCCUCGCAGAGCCUGCUGGGCUACUUCUCACAGCUUGUGUCUACUUUUUUAAAGUCAACCGUUUCGUGUGUGUGUGUGUGUGUGUGUGUGUGUGUGUGUGUGUGUGUGUGUGUGUGUGUGUGUGUCCUAGUUUCCAUAGUAAGAAAUAAUAUAGAAAUAUUAUGCAAAAACAUAGUUUUCUUUAGCUCAGAAACUGAUAUUUUUGAGUCAGUCAUAUGUAUUUUGUUUAAAGGAUUUAGAAUAAAGUACUGUCAUUGUGUACCACAUAGCCUUGUGGUAGGGAGCGUUGGAUAUGAGAGAUGACUUUUGUUAGUAUAUUCGUAAUUGGUUUAAAAGCCAAUAGACCACACUUCUUUUCUCCAAACAGCCAUCUUUAUACUUAGGGGGAAAAUUUGUUGGGUUCUAGACUUUUUUAAUAGAAAUUUUGUUGCUAUGGGGUUGAGUCCAUUUUGUUUCUGUGCAUAUGGUUUUUUAAUACAUAGUUCGGUAGUGUUGUUGUUGUUGUUUUUCUAUUCAGUGUCACUAGCAGUAAGUGAAUAUGGCAUAAGUUAAAUAACGCUUUUCCCCAAAAUGGUGCUUUGGAUUUGUAAAGGGUCCAAUGGGAGAGGUGGAGGAAAUAUCCUAGAUUCCUUUCUUGAUUAACCUAGAGAAAAAAAAAAAACAAAACAGGAAGUGAAUGACUGGUAGGAAGGAAAACAAGGAAGGACAAAGUUGACCGAAGUCAAGAACUGGAUGUGUUGUCCCAACACAUGGGUAUCCAGGCUUUUUGGUAAACAGUGGUUAGUAUCAGGGGCCUUGUGUUUAGAUGGGUGUUUCUUAAACAGCUGGCUGGCAGACUGGUACAAAUGACAUUGUGGAUCUUCAAGGAUACUCUGACUUGGAAUUUGCAUUUCUUUUUUAUGGUUCUUUCACUUCCUGUUCCCCCUAGACUUUUCCAUUCGUGAGUCUUUGUGCAAGAGUCUGAUCUGUGACUGCUUCCCUCCCCUAGAAUGAUUUUGUGCAAUAUAUUAGAUGUAAGACAGAGCUCCAUGUGGGGGGGGAGAUACAAUGGCUGAUUCCAGUCCUAGGUGAUAAUCUCAGGACUAGGUCCUUCCCUUAGGUGUCCUCCAAAAUGAUUCCCCAGCCCCAUUGGGGCUGACCACCUAGAGGCGCCUCUGGGCACUGUGGGCUCUUCAAAGUUUGGGUUUCCUCUUCCCUUCCAGCUUCCGAGGGAAAUUUGCACAGAUAAAGCCGAGUGAGUUACUUCACUGCCGAAAACUCAGAGGGGCCCAAACCCUCUUAAGGCAGCCCUCUCUUUCCUGCUUCCCUUGCCUUAUGACCCAAGCCACCCAUGGUACCAUCCCAGUGUGCACGCACGAUUGUUCACCUCUCCUGUCUCGGUUCCACCCCACUGCACCAGUGAUGGUGGGCACUUAUAAAUAGCCGCUGUUAUUCUUAAGCCAUUCCAGCCUCUUCCUCAGAAUAGACCAGACCUCCUCCACUUAAUUCAGUGCCAGAAUUUUUGCCUUCCCAACUCGGCAGUUAGGCCAGCCCAGCCCCUUCCCUCUGGACUCCGAGAGCCAGAGGGAGAUGAGCUCGCCACAGCUGAACUGGCCCUUGGUUCCUGUGUUCUGCCCAUCUGUAUAUACGCCAUAUGUGGAUCUGCCUAUGCCAUAUCUACGUGCCAACAAAUGGACGUUGUUCUUUUCAGAUUAGCAUGCAGAUAGGAAUUUUGAGUUUCCUCUUCUCUUCGGUAACUAAUAUAACAAGCACUGGUAUUUUUGUACAAAAAAAACAGAA